AUGGAUACGAGCGGAUGCGCUAUGAAUGACGAGAAGGUAGGGGAAAGCGCCCAUCAUCGUAUUUUAAACAACAAUCACAACGAACACAACAGUAGUAAUAAUGAUGGUGGUACCAAUGUUAACAGAAUGGGCAUAGAUAAUAACAAUGGAAUCAGUAGUUUCCAAUUACCGGCACAGUCAUCAUCAUCAUCAUUACCCCAACAUCAGCAACAACAGCAGCAGCAAAACCAACAAUACCAACGACAACAAGAACAAGAAGAACAACAACAAUACCACCACCACCACCAACAACAACAACCACAACAGCAACAGCAACAACAAUCACAACAGCCACAACAAAGACCUGCCAGACAGGAUUCUCUAUCGAUGUUUACCAAUUUUACUCAGCCAAGAUUCUCAACGUCACUAUCGUCGUUCUUGAACCUUUCUGAAAGACCUUCACUUAGCGGUGGCUCAGGUAGUGGUGGAGGUAGUGGGGUUCCGCCAACAGACUUAUCUCAAAUAGGUCGUGGAUUUAGUAUUGUUAACAAUCUAUGGCAACCCCCACCCCCACCCCCAUCAUCACAACCGGCAGCGACAGUUCCAAAUGAUCCAUUUAUGCCACCAAGGUUUAAAACACCGACAUUUUCAUCAUCAUCCUCUAAACCAACGGGGACUGCGAAUGGUAGUAAUAAUAAUAAUACUAAUCAUUCUACACAACCGCCAUCUCAACCAUCAUCGAAAAGAAAUUCCUUAUAUUUUGGAUCAGCUGAUGCACCUGAAUUGGAUUUUUUCAAUCAAAAUAGUUCACAAAAGAGAGAUUCAAUCGGUACCAUGAAACCUCCAUUGAUUGUGCCGUUAGGCGGUGGUACCAGCAGUGCUGGUAAAAAUACAGAAUUUGAUUCACUAUUUGCACAACCGCCAAACAACUUACUGCCAACGUCAUCAAGAAACAACUCAUUAAAAUUUACGGCUGAGGAUUUCGAUUUCCCAUUUAAAAGGCGAGAUUCAUCAGUUAGAAAUUCAAUUGAUGCUCAAAACUAUACUUUGGGUCCUAGAAUGUACCCGCGGGGAUCGGGAACUAACUCUGCAGAAUUAACACCAGACCCAACUGAAGUAGUCGAUGAAUCGUUGAAAAGAGAUCACCAUCAGCAAUUUGCCAAGAGACAGAAAAGCUCGAAGGACAUUAAUAGCCGUCAUGAUGCUAGUACUACUGGCACUACUGCUGCCCGUAACACAAGCAACAAUAAUAAAAAUAAUAAUGCUGAUAAUGAUACUACUACUGCUGCUUCUGCAACUGCUGCUGGCACUAAUAAUGAUAAUUCGACAGUAGCCAUCAGUGCACAUCCGGCAACAACAGCAAAUUCGACCCCAUCGGCAAAUGUGCAGGUAUCUCAAACUAGUGGUACAGGUCAAGAUGGUAUGGUUAUGAAUUCUACUCAUGAUGCCUUAUCGAAGUUACAAAGUGGGAUUUUAGAUCCAAGUGUGGAACCAUCAUUAGAUGAUUCAAAACCAUUGUUGGGUGUAACAAAGAUCGAUCAAUUGAUGUUGAUGAUCCAAGCUCGCAGAAAAGGCGUUACUGAAAAGAUACUGACAUCGUCAGAUGGCGGAUUAAUCCUGGAUGAAAAUUCUGAAAUCUUACCACCCUCGUCUCAAUUGGUUGGUGGCGUAGAAAAGCCAAAGGGAUCUCAUGGUGUUAAGCAACACGAGUGUCCAUAUUGUCAUCGUUUUUUCACCCAGAGUACUCAUUUGGAAGUUCAUGUUCGCUCUCAUAUUGGUUAUAAGCCAUUUCUUUGUGAAUGCUGUGGUAAAAGGUUUACACAAGGUGGCAAUUUACGCACUCAUCAACGUUUGCACACAGGUGAAAAACCUUAUGAAUGUGAACUAUGUGGGAAAAGAUUCUCAAGAAAGGGUAAUUUAGCAGCUCAUAUUGUAACUCAUCAAAAAUUAAAACCGUUUGUUUGCAAAUUAGAUGGUUGCAAUAAAACUUUUACACAAUUGGGUAACAUGAAAGCUCAUCAAAAUCGUUUCCAUCUGAAUACUUUAAACGAAUUGACUCAAAGAUUAGCUGAAAUGGAUCCUCAAGAAGAUAUUGCACCCGAUGAACGUGAGUUAUUAGAAUAUUUCGCAUCGUUAUACAAAAAUUCGAACAAAGGUAUUAAAGGCAGAGGCAAAGGUAGCACUCGUGUCAUUCCUUCAGAUUUACAAGGACAACAGUCGGCCUCACCUUCAACUGUUACUCUUUCUGGAAGAAAUGGCCAAAAUUCUUCAGAUCAGGGUUCGACUCCAACUGGAACGAACCAUUCAACACCGCAACAACAACAUACGCCUAUGAAUACUAAUUCACAAACAUUUUCACACCACCAACGUCAUCCUCACUACCAAUCACAACAAAGUGCUUUACAUCAAACCAAGGACGAUCCAACUGUUACCACUGCUACCGCCCACCAAUUUGGUAACCCAUUGGAGGCUAGGGUUUUAGAUCCGAGGAAGUCUCAUGCUACUAUGAAUCCUAGUACUGCUGCAGUAGCUGCAGUAGCUGCAGCCGCUGCUCCGCAACACACAAAUGAUCCUGUUAUUAGUUAUGGAUAUCCACCAUUACAACCGCAGGCUAAUCAACAGGGAGCUGACCCGACGGGUGCGGGUGCGCUACCUUCAUUACCUUUGCAACCACCUUCAUCAGGUUCACCAGCAAGUUCUGCUAAUGGGUUUUCGUUUUCAUUAGAUCCACAAGCAGAUCCAACAAGUGCUAAUGGAUAUCCGAGACAGUUGCAAAGCCAAGUACAUUUUAAAAAUAUAAAUUAUAAGGGCUAG